CCCCGUCAGGCACUGCUGUCGGCAGACUGUGCAGCUACGUUCAAGUGCCCAGAGCUGUAAGGGCUAAGGAUCCAGGCAGACCACAUGAGGCUGCCAGCUUUCCUGAGUCUGCUGGUCCUGGCGCUGCAGGAGGCUGAGGCAGCAUCCCUCCCCAUGGAGAGGAAGCAGAGGGAGGCAGAGACCACUGCCGAAAGGGGCCUUCCUGCCAUGCUGCCCCUGGGCGACUACAAUUACAGCGAGGUCCUUGACCUGGGCAACUAUGAGGAGCUCACAGACUACGAAGACCACCAGCCCCCUGAGGGCAGGAUGAGCAGCCCGGCUCCUCCAACCCAGGUCAGCCCGGCCCAGAGCACUAAGGUGCCGAGGACAUUGUCAGCAAACCCUACAACACCCAGACCUGCCACGAUGAGCUUCCCAACCAGCCCUGAGCCAGGCCUGCCCACCUGCCUGGUCUGCGUGUGCCUGGGUUCCUCUGUGUACUGUGAUGAUGCGGACCUGGAGAGCAUCCCUCGUCUGCCACGGAUGACUACUUACCUAUAUGCCCGCUUCAACCGCAUCAGCUAUGUGAGGGCCCAAGACUUCGAAGGACUGACCAAGUUGAAGCGGAUCGACCUCUCUGGCAAUACCAUCUCCUCCAUCGAGCAUGAUGCCCUCAGUGGGCUGCCCACUCUGCAAGACCUGCUGCUUCCAGAGAACCAGCUGGCGGCUCUGCCCGUGCUGCCCGGGGGCAUCGAGGUGCUAGACGUCCGCCUGAAUCGGCUCCAAAGUUCGGGAAUACAGCCUGGGGCCUUCAAGGCCCUGGGGAAGCUGCAGUUCCUCUACCUGGCAGACAACCUGCUGGAUUCCAUCCCUGGGCCUCUGCCCCUGAGCCUGCGCACGCUGCACCUGCAGAACAACAUGAUCACGGCUGUGCAGGCGGACGCAUUCUGCACUGCCGCUGGGGAACAGGGACACACACGCAGGCCGCUUGAGGACAUCCGCCUGGAUGGCAAUCCCGUCAACCUCAGCCUCUUCCCCGAUGCCUACUUCUGCCUGCCACGGCUGCCCACCGGCCGCUUCACCUAAGGCCGAGCCCAGAACAGGAUGGAUAACUG